UCUCAAGCAUCAAUCAAUGGACCCAAUGUUUCCCGGCGACACCUCCUCCUCCGCCAUAGACCCAAUGUUCUCCGCCUUCAGCCUCCAAUCUCUUCUCACUUUCAACCCUUCCUUCUUCACUGACAACUUCCACACCAUAACCGACGAACCUCAACUUCCCAACCUCCCUCAAUCUGCCACCGACCAAACUCCUUACCUUAACAACAAGAACAAUUUCCUCAUUGUUCCAAAAACCGAACACCCUCUUAAUCUUCCUCAACUAGAAGAACAUCUCCCAUUUCAACAACAACCCUUCAACUUCCUCCCCCAAUACUACCCACCACCCUUUGAUACUUUCCACCGUCUCCCUCAGCUUCAUUCCCUUGAACACUCUAACAGAAAACGCCUCCGCCACCCAGAAACAACUCCUCCACCACCACCACCACAGAAACAACCUCACUUUGUCCGUGGAAAAUCUCCUUCCUUGAUUCCUCAGAGCAAGUUAGCAAGACAGAGAAGACAAACGCUAAGCGACAAAACACGUUGUUUGCAGAAACUAAUGCCAUGGGAUAAGAAAAUGGAUCAAGCUACCCUUUUUGAAGAGGCUUACAAAUAUGUCAAGUUUUUGCAGGCACAGUCAUCUGUUCUUCAGUCAAUGCCUUCUCAUUCAACCACAACCUACAGCGGAGGCGGCGGCGACGGUGUUUUUGGUGAAUUGAAGAAGCUGAACCGAAGCCAGGCGUUGCAAGUUGUGGUGAACUCACCGGUAGCACAAACAAAGCUUUGUUCACAGGGCUACUGUGUUUUCUCCAUGGAACAAAUCUCUGUGCUCAGAAAAUCAUCAGAGAGAAGACAACAACAGCAGCAGCAGAAUAUCUCUGAUAAUGAUUCUUCUUCCAAGACUUUCUUUCACUAAGGAUUGACAAAACGACAUCGUUUCUAACAUCUUUUCAAUGUCUUUUUAUGCUUACUCUCUGUUUCUGUCAAAGCUUUGUAGUGAU